UCUGCUAUCGACUUCCGCUUCUGUGUCAAGACAAGGCAACACACUAAAUUCCUUCCCCGUAUGUUCUGGACUUCCCAAAACAUUCAGACUGCACACACAACAGAGAUUACUUAUUUGCCUUGGUCAACAACACCAAAGAAAUUGAAGUCUCGAGUUGCAGCCAUUCGCUUACUGUCUGAUAAUUGAGAAGCUGUCUUGCUCCGACUGACACCUCCUGGUACCUUUCUUCUGUGGUCAAACCAUCUGCCAAUAGUCAGCACCAGCCUGACUUUGGGACCUUCUACUAAUAUUUAGAGAGCAUUCACUGUUGUCCUGGUGACACUCAGGAGGGACCCUGAUCAACAAAUCUCCCUUCAGAAGAACUCUGGGGCUGCCACCAUAAGGAACAUGUGCUAGAAGUUUAACAUCUGUCCUAAACCACCGGUCGGCUUUGACUCUAGAAGAUGAGCAAUGAGGAUGAGUUUUACGACGCCCUCACAGGCCUCGAUUCAGAUGAGUCGUAUGAGGGGGUGUCGGAGGCCAGUUACAAAGAUGCACAAGUGUUUGAUUGCAGCAGUCAGAAGAACAAUGGAUCAGUACCACAAGAGAACGGCAUCAAGAAACACAGGACAUCUUUACCUGCGGCCAUGUUUUCCAGGAAUACUGUCAGUGUUUGGAGUAUCCUAAAAAAAUGUAUUGGACUGGAACUGUCCAAGAUCACGAUGCCCAUCGUCUUCAAUGAGCCUCUGAGCUUCCUGCAGAGAAUCACAGAAUACAUGGAACACACUUACCUCAUUAACAAAGCCUGUUUGUUGCCUGACUCCAUAGAGCGCCUGCAGGCAGUAGCUGCUUUUGCUGUGUCAGCUGUUGCGUCUCAGUGGGACAGAACUGGAAAGCCCUUCAACCCUCUGCUGGGAGAGACUUAUGAACUUAUCAGAGAGGAUCAGGGCUUCCGGCUUGUAUCGGAGCAGGUAUCCCAUCAUCCCCCAGUCAGUGCCUUCCACGCAGAGAGCCUGGCCGGGGACUUUGUCUUCCAUGGCUCCAUCUACCCCAAACUCAAGUUCUGGGGCAAGAGUGUUGAGGCAGAGCCUAAAGGAACUAUCACACUAGAGUUACUCAAGCACAAUGAAGCGUACACAUGGAGUAACCCUUACUGCUGUGUACAUAACAUCAUCCUGGGCAAACUGUGGAUCGAGCAGUAUGGCACAGUGGAAAUAGUCAACCACAGCACUGGAGACAAGUGUGUGUUAAAUUUCAAGCCAUGUGGAAUAUUUGGCAAAGAGUUGCACAAAGUAGAAGGAUACAUCCAAGACAAAAGUAAAAAGAAGCUUUGUGUCAUCUAUGGCAAGUGGACCGAGUGCAUGUGGAGUGUUGACCCUCAGGCCUAUGAGGCCCACAAGAAGUCGGAGAAGAAAGGAGAUAACAAGAAGCAAAAAACUGAGGAUCUCCAAGGAGCAGAGAACGACGAUGCGGACGACAUGCCAGAAGUCCAAGAGACCGUCUCUGUUGUUCCGGGAAGCACCCUGUUAUGGAGGAUAGACUCCAGACCAGCACACUCAGCUAUGAUGUACAACUUCACAAACUUUGCGGUGUCUCUGAAUGAGCUGGAGCCUGGCAUGGAAGCCAUGCUGCCCCCCACAGACUGUCGCUUCAGACCUGACAUCAGAGCCAUGGAGAAUGGCAACAUGGAUGAGGCUAGUAAGGAGAAGGAGAGACUGGAGGACAAACAGAGGACUGCCAGAAAGGACAGAGCCAAGCAUGAAGAGGAGUGGUCAACGAGGUGGUUCCAGAUGGGCACCAACCCGUACACCGGCUCCCAGGACUGGAUCUACAGUGGUGGCUAUUUCAGCAGGAACUACCGGGACCUGCCAGAUAUCUACUGAUAGCCAUCUGGCCUUCAUAUCCUCUUUUUUCUUAUUUGUAACCUAAAAUUACCUUUCUGUUAAAGGAAUUAAAGGAAUCCACAAACCUAUAUUUCCAUCCCACAGCCUUAAACAUCAUCUUAAACCCACUGACACACAUUGCACGGAUUGGAAAGUUAAAGGAAGCCAAAUGCUGGUCAUAUACUAUCUGACUAUCUCUCCGUCAGACUGUCUACAUCUUGAGUGAUUUCACCUCCUAACAACCUGCAAACAUCUUUCAUUCAACUGCCCCAGCAUUAUAUAGAGCACAAUAAUCAUAUUAUUCCUGAUCAAUCCCUGUGGCAGAGAGGUGGCAUCUCUUUUUCCCCACAGACGCCCAAGCCCAGUCUGAAUGUUUAACAUCUUUGCAAUCAAACGCUCAUGUCUGAGGAACUGCUGGCAUUACUCUGGCUGGUUGCUCACGUGUCAUAAAUGGAUAAAUGUGAGUUAAAGCAACAUUAACUAUGAUGCAAAGCAUUGCAGUGAUGGAUUUCUGGACAUAGAAGCACAUCCAGUCAACAAGGAAAUCAGGGAUGUGAAUGUUCCUUAGACUGAAGAUGGAUCUUGAAGAUGUUUUUUUUUUUUUUUUUUUUUUUUUGCUUUGUUGGAAAAUUUGAGAGACUUUAAACCUUAAAAUAACUAUAAGUGACAUAUUACUCUUUAAGGAACAAAUGUAUAUGUGCUUACUGUUGGUAAAUUGGUCAAGACAAAUCGAAUACAGGCAUGAGCCCAUUACUGUCAGCAUGUCAAUCCUAAAAUAUUUAGUAUUUGCUGUUACUCUGUUAACUUUCACGUCACAGUUUAUGUAUUAAAUCAAAACUACUUCUAACAAUGGAUGUUUCCGUGAACAGCACAAAACAAUAUAAGUCUUAACAUUUAACCUGAAGCUCCAGUGUGUGUGUUCAAGAAAAAUAAUUUUCACUAACCAAGAAAAAAUAUUUUGAGCAGGGUUAUGGAAGGAAAAUAAUUUCUGACCCUCAGUUAAGUCAUGUACAGGUCAUCACUGGGAUGAACUGAUGUUCAAACAGGCAAAAGAUUCCUUCUUUUAAUCUUCACAUGUAUACAUCUUUUAAGGAAAAAAAUAUAUGUAGUUUUUUCCCCCUUUUAAGAUUAUAUAUAUAUUUAAAAAGGUUUUUGUUUGAAUAGAUCAUUGCCAGAUUGUUUGCAAACCUUCAUCUAAGUAAGAAUGAGUUUUAAAUCAAGUGAAGAAAACAAUUUUUUGCUGGUCUGAUUCACACACAUUGUGCAAAUAUGUGUAUAAAUAUGUACAGUCAUAUUAAUCACAUUUGCUUUGUGAAGGAGAGUGAGGAAAAAGUCAGCUAUAAAAGAAGUAACUCACAUCAUUGUAAUAUAAAGUAACGUACAGCUGUAGACAUUCAGCUCACCAGUGGGGCUGGAUUAAUGAACAAGGCUACCAGGCACAAAGAGGUUGGGGUUUUUCUGAGCAUCACCUGCCAUAAAGACACAUAAAAUGACUACAGAUUUAAGGGAAAACGAUCCUAAAUAAAGGACAUUGGAGAUGCAAGACAGCUGUUGUGAUUGUUGAUCUUUCUCAGUCUGCAUCGAGCUACUGUACACAAGUCUGUGCCUUGGAGUUCAUUUUGCCAUCUGUGUCAGAGCAUUGCCUUCUUGUUCUUGCAGUAAAAUGGAUCAACUGAAAGCAAAAAUAAUUUUCCGAUGAAUGCUAGCACAGACUGAUUGUUCAGAGCUCCCAGUUCAUGGGCAGGAUGGAUGUAUGUGUUUUGAGCCUGACGUGCAGGAACCGAUAACUCUGUGGUGUAUUCGGUGUGUCCUUGCCUCUGCACAUUACCUUGAAUAUUACUGAGGUCUACAACAAAAAACGAGCCAAAAAGUAAUGAAUGGACGGAUGCUGCAGUCAUCAAAUAUUCAUAUAUUCUUAUUUCAUUCCAGCUGAGCACGACUCAAUUUUCAACUCAGUUUUGGUGGUGAAGAACCUGAACUGUGUAGCAGGAAAAAAACGGACAAGAAUAGAUGAUGGAUGGGAGACAUUUUAAUUUGAUCUGCUUAUUGGUUUUGAUUUAGUAUUUAUACCAAAAACAUACUUAAAGAAAAAAAAUACCCCUAUACAUUCCACAAAUUGGAGAUUCAAACAUGAAAUAAAAUCUGUUCAUUUUAAAAAUGGCUUUUCCAUGUUAUUAGGACUUAGAAUAAGCAAAUUUAGACAUCUGAGUUUCAACCUGCUUCUGCAUCAGCUGACUGAUGGAGAUGCCCUGACAUCCACAAACCUUUUAGCUUCAUUGUGUUUUUUUCUGUUUGUUUCCACCAGUGAAUUUGGACUUUAGUUUGCAAAACCAACUCUAUGCAACCUUUGCACACCUACAUGAACAGCACCUGUCUCACCUUGUUAUUGUAGCUUUACAUCCCCCCUCAGUCCCCACACACGUACGUCCUGAGCUCCUCAGUUUUCAUCAGAUGCAUGAAUCUCUGAAUGUCAGCGUUGUCUCUGUAGAUUAUUUAAAUAUAUUUUGGAAAAUGAGGAAAGAUUUCUACAGCUAUACAGCACUACAACUAUCUAUGUUGUCACGACUCUGUUUAAUUUUUCACUUGUGUCUGUUUUAAAAUGCAUUUUCAUGUCAUGCUUUGUGCCUAAAUUUGUUUCCAUUUUUUUAUUCAUGUGUAUUAUUUAUGAUGUUUAAGGUUUUAUAAAAAAAUAUGUUCCUUUUUUUCCCUCCUGCUUAUGUAGCUGAGAAUAAUAAUAAUAAUAAAAAAAGAAACAAUUUCUUGAAAAAUCAAGAGUUAUGUAGAGAAUAUUAAAUCAGGACUUUGAUUUGUUAACUGUGGCUGUUACAUCUGUCUAUCUUUCUCUUUGGAACAAGUUUGGCUGAUUAAAAUCGCAAAAAUUUAGACUAAUCAUUUUCAUACUUAGAAAACUUAAAAAAAAAAAAAAAAGGUUUUGUUCAUUGUAUAGAAAUAGCUAUUUUGCAAACUGUCACGCUAACACAAACACUAAAGUUGCACUGUCACUGAAGGGUGAAAUCCAGCACUGGUAACACGUAUGAGCUGUAGAUAAAUCCAAACAGGAACACAGCAGCUUAUUUUUUUCUCUAAAUUCAUUUUAGGUAGUAUAAUAACGUAACGGUCAUAAUCAUGAGUGCUGAUUCAGGCUUCACCAGUUCCACCACUAAUGCUCCUUAAACUAGUCGUAGGCUUUAUGUUGCUUUGAAGGUUGGUUUUCUGUUAACUUUCUUUGGACUGUGUUGUCAAUAUUAUAUAUGUGUACAAAUGUUGCACAGAGGUAAUCAGAAGCAAAAUGGCUUAUUAUUUUGUGCAAUUGAUUUAUUUUUAUAGUAUUUAAAGAGGUUUUGGUGAGAACGUUGUACAAGAUGUCUUAUUUUGAGGUGGGGAAAUGUAAGGGGUUGUAUCUAUACUGUAGACCGCUUUGUAGAUUAAUAAAUGGGGAAAAUGUCUACUAAUAAAAAUUCUAAUUUCA